AUCUAUAUAUUUAUAUAAUUAAUAAGUAAAACAUGUCUGAUACACUUGCAGUCAUGCCGAUGAAUGGACAGGCGGCGGGCCAAAAUGGACGCAAGCGGCGCGAAAACGACGAUUUCUCCGUGAAGCUAUCGACCAUACGUAUCUGGAUGCACGAAAAGGACAUUGGCAAGCUGACGCGCAUCUUGUGGGCGGGCCAGGGACAGCGCCUGUGCCAGCAGGCUAGCAACAAUGGGCGUGUCAAGCGCUUCCUGGCCGCCGUGCCGCACGUCAUGAAUGCCACAAAGGAUCUGCAUCAGGCGGUGAUUGAUAACAACCUGGAGACGCUGCAAAUGCAACUGGAGCCGCCGGUUCCACCAGCGCUGGUCACCGCCAAGGAUAACAACGGUCUCAAUAUUAUACACAAGGCCGCUGGCCUGGGCCAUACCAAGAUAUUGGAGUAUCUCAUUGGCCUCUGGCCGGAGGGCAUACAUGAGAUCGAUAUCACUGGCAAGACGCCGCUGCAUUGGGCGGCCAGUGCCAAGAACAAUAUGCGCUGCUAUACGCUGCUCACCCAGGCCGGCUGUGAUGAGGAGGCGCAGGAUUACAAAAUGAAGACGCCCUCAUACUAUCGCCAUAAGCCGCACGAAAUCGAGCGGGCGUUUCUGGUCUAUGUGCCGGAGGCGCCGCGCAUCUCCCCGGAUAGCGUCACCGACUGGGAGGCACUCAGUGAUGAUACCGAUAGCAAUGCCGGCGGUGAUACCAGCCGAAGUAGCAGCAAGCAGAGCAAGAAACUGGACAUUAAACCGGCGGCCGCUGUAAAUGGUCGUAAAUCGUUGGACGACAGCGCUGAGAACACCUCCGAAUUGGACACGAAUGAUGGUACCAGCGCCAUUGAUGAUGAAGAUUUGUCCAAGGCCGAUGCGGAAGUUGAAGUGGCAGCGGCAGCGACUGCGAAUGCCGCAUUGCCGCUGGCCCAGCAGCGCCGGCCGGAAACGCCGGCGGCCUUUGCACAGGGCAAUGCCAGCGAUACAGCCGGCGAUACCGAAAGCGAAGCUGAGAAUAUUGCAAGAGCUCUAAGCGCUGAAGAUGCUGAAAAGGUUGAGCCAGGGGCAGCGGAACACGCGGAGGAUGAGACGGAGGCAAGUGUAGAGCUGGUUGAGAAUGGCGAAUUAGAUGCUAAGAGUGAGCAAAAUGCAACUGAAAAGACUGAAGCAAUUGUGAAUGAGAACGGAACGGAAACGGAAAUGGAAAUGCAGCCGGAUCAAGAAGCAGCAAAUGAAGCUGAAGAGCAAGAAGAGCAAGAAGACCAAGUGGACACAGCAGAAGCUGCCGAAGAGCCAACCAAAGACAACGAAGAAGAAGAAGAGAAAGCAACUGUUGCUGCUGCUGCUGCUGCUGCUCAUGAGGAGGAGGUGGAAGAGGACGACGAUGAGGUACAGAUUGGCUUGCUUUAAAUGCCAACUCUUGUGCAGUCAGCAAUUGUUUAGUAGAUUGAUUGAUUGAUUGAUCGAUUGAUGUUUUGUGGCGUUUGCUCAACUGUUUUUUGAUAUGUGAACUGUAUAAAAACUAAAAACCAGCUGCUGGCACUCAAUUUAAACCAUAUAUAUACCUAAAUACCUUAAUUCUGUACAACAACGUAGUCGCAACAACAACAACAACAACAACUCAACAACAAAAAUAACCACACACAGCUAUACUAAAUAUAAAUAUACCAUAUACAACUGCUUAGUACUUGCUAUAAAACCUAAACUAUAUAAAAAUCAAACCGAUUUCGUGUAUGCCGUACAAAACUUAUCAUUGUAUAUUUUGUAAACGCAGGUGUUUCC